AUGCCCUCGAGUGCACGGGCGGGCAAUCUGAAAGACCCGGAGGUGGCAGAUCUUUUCUGCAAAGAUGAUCCCGAGAAGCUGUUCGCUGACCUCCGUGAGAUCGGCCAUGGCAGCUUCGGAGCGGUGUAUUUUGCCCGAGAUGUGCGAAACAAUGAGGUGGUGGCCAUCAAGAAAAUGUCGUACAGCGGCAAGCAAACAAACGAGAAAUGGCAGGACAUCAUUAAAGAGGUGAAGUUCCUGCAGAAACUUCGCCACCCGAACACUAUCGAGUACCGGGGGUGUUACCUGAAAGAACACACGGCAUGGCUGGUGAUGGAGUACUGCCUCGGCUCGGCCUCAGACCUCCUCGAAGUUCACAAAAAGCCGCUCCAGGAAGUUGAAAUAGCUGCUAUUACCCACGGUGCACUGCAGGGAUUAGCAUAUCUUCACUCUCACAAUAUGAUUCACAGGGAUGUGAAAGCGGGAAACAUCCUGCUGACGGAGCCUGGUCAGGUCAAACUGGGGGACUUUGGUUCUGCCUCCAUCGUGGCUCCGGCCAACUCCUUCGUGGGGACUCCCUACUGGAUGGCUCCGGAGGUGAUCUUAGCCAUGGAUGAAGGCCAGUAUGACGGCAAGGUGGAUGUCUGGUCGCUGGGCAUCACCUGCAUAGAGCUGGCUGAGAGGAAGCCCCCGCUCUUCAAUAUGAAUGCUAUGAGUGCCUUAUAUCACAUCGCUCAGAAUGAAAGCCCCAUCCUCCAGUCCAACCACUGGACUGAUUCCUUCCGCAACUUUGUUGACUCUUGCCUUCAGAAGAUUCCCCAGGACCGUCCUACCUCGGACGUGCUACUGAAUCAUCGGUUCCUGUGCCGCGAGCGUCCGCUGACGGUGAUCAUGGACCUGAUUGCACGAACCAAGGAUGCAGUGCGAGAGCUGGACAAUCUGCAGUACCGCAAGAUGAAGAAGAUCCUCUUCCAGGAGACCCAGCAGAACGGACCCGUGUCCGAGGGAGGGGAGGAUGAGGAGGAGGUGGAGCAGUACCUGUUGCGGACAGGUACAGUCAACAGCAUGGAGAGCUCCCAGUCAGUUCCCAGUAUGUCCAUCUCUGCCAGUUCUCAGAGCAGCUCAGUCAACAGUCUGGCGGACGCCUCUGACGACAGCAGCAGCGAGAUGGCCAUGAUGCAGGAGGGCGAGCACACCGUCACCUCCAACAGCUCCAUCAUCCACCGGCCCACGGGUCAGGAUAACAUCUAUGACGACCCGUACCAGCCUGAGAUGGACCAACCCCAGGUUCCCUCUGCUGGACGCCGUCGAGCCUACUAUCGUAACCGUGACCACUUCGCCACCAUCCGAACUGCCUCCUUGGUGACCCGUCAGAUCCAGGAGCACGAGCAGGGCUCGGCGCUGCGGGAGCAGAUGUCUGGGUACAAACGAAUGAGGCGGCAGCACCAGAAGCAGCUGAUGGGGCUGGAGAACAAGCUGAAGGCCGAGAUGGACGAGCACCAGCUGAAGCUGGACAAGGAGCUGGAGAACCAGAGGAACAGCUUCUCCACCGAGGCCGACAAGCUGUCCAAGAAGCACCAGGCCAUCCUGGAGAAAGAGACGAAAGCGGCUCUGGCAGAGGAGAAGAAGUUCCAGCAGCACAUCCUGGGCCAGCAGAAGAAGGAGCUGACCAGUUUACUGGAGUCACAGAAACGUCAGUACCGCCAACGCAAGGAGCAGCUGAAAGAGGAGCUGAGCGAGAACCAGUCGACUCCGAAGCGGGAGAAGCAGGAGUGGCUGAUCCGUCAGAAGGAGUGUCUGCAGCAGAUGCAGGCGGAGGAGGAGGCCAGCCUGCUGCGGAGGCAGAGGCAGUACUACGAGCUGCAGUGUCGCCAGUACAAGAGGAAGAUGCUGCUGGCUCGCCACAACCUGGAGCAGGACCUGCUGAGAGAGGACCUGAACAAGAAGCAGACCCAGAAGGACCUGGAGUGCGCCAUGCUGCUGCGACACCACGAGUCCACGCAGGAGCUGGAGUUCAGGCAGCUGGGUUCGGUGCAGCGGACUCGGGCCGACCUGAUCCGAACGCAGCACCAGACUGAGCUGACCAACCAGAUGGAGUACAACAAGCGCCGCGAGCAAGAGCUUCGACAGAAACACGCCAUGGAGGUCCGGCAGCAGCCGAAGAGCCUCAAGUCCAAAGAGCUGCAGAUCAAGCGUCAGUUCCAGGAGACCUGUAAGAUCCAGACGCGUCAGUACAAAGCCCUGAGGAACCACCUGCUGGAGAGCACUCCCAAAUCCGACCACAAAGCCGUCCUCAAACGCCUCAAAGAGGAGCAAACACGUAAGCUGGCCAUCCUGGCCGAGCAGUACGACCACUCCAUCAACGACAUGCUGUCCACACAGGCUCUGCGGCUGGAUGAGACCCAGGAGGCGGAGUACCAGGUGCUGCGGAUGCAGCUGCAGCAGGAGCUGGAGCUGCUGAACGCCUACCAGAGCAAGAUCAAGAUCCACACCGACACCCAGCACGAACGAGAGGUGAAGGACCUGGAGCAGAGGGUGUCGAUCCGCCGAGCGCUGCUGGAGCAGAGGAUCGAGGAGGAGAUGUUGUCUCUGCAGAACGAGCGUUCAGAGAGAAUCCGGACUUUGCUGGAGCGCCAGGCUCACGAGAUCGAGGCCUUCGACUCGGAGAGCAUGCGGCUCGGCUUCAGCAACAUGGCGCUGACCGGCAUCCCGGCCGAGGCCUUCAACCAGGGCUACCCGACCCCCAGCCCCUCGUCGGGCUCCAGCGGCUGGCCGUCGCGGCCCGUCCCCCGCUCGGGGAGCCACUGGAGCCACAGCGUGCAGAACUCGGUGGCGACUCCGUCCUGGCGCAGUCAGAACCACGGCGGGGGAUUCAGCCGCGCCGAGUCCAUCACCUCCUCCCACGGCCUCGGCAGGGACAGCGACCUGAGCAAGAGCAGCAGGGGCCACUCCUCCUCCUCUUCCUCCCACCACCACCACCAUCAGCACCACCACCAUCAGCACCAGCAGCACCAGCAGCAUCAGCAGCACCAGCAGCACCAGCAGCACCAGCAGCACUACCUCCCCCAGCACUACCAGCACCACCAGAGCACGCCGCAGCUGUACCGCGACAGCCACGAGCGCGACAGCCGGGAGCGCGAGCGGGCCAGGGAGUGGGUGGGAGGAGGGGGCCACUACGCCCAUCACUCCCAGGGCCACCACCACCUCUCCUCCCACGCCUCCUCCCAGUCCCUGGCUCUCCUCCCACCACCACCUCCCCCUCCCCCAAUCUCCCUCUCCUCCUCCUCUCCCCCCUCCUCUGCCUCCUCCUCCUCCUCGUCACAGGGAGGCUACGGAGGCGGCGGCGGCCUGAGCGUCAGGGGCCCCAGUCUGAUGGCCCUCAGGAACAGCCCCCAGCCUCUGAGGAGGACGGCCUCAGGGGGGCCGGGCGGCGGCGGCGGGAGCGACGGAGGGCUCAGCCGGAGCACGUCGGUCACGUCUCACAUUUCCAACGGCUCUCACCUCUCCUACUCGUGA